UGCCACCAGACAGUUUGAGCUCUCAGCAACUGAUGCACAGUCAGCUGCUGUUUUCUCCCUUCCCCUUUCUUUUGCUCCCCUAACUAUUCUCCUUUAGUUUCUUCCCUACACUGCCUUCAUUCAUCCCCUCUGUACUUUCCCCUUCCUUCCCUCUACUCUUUCAUUCUGUCCUGCACUUUUUCCUCAGGCGGAUAUAAAGGCAGGUCCUGUUGGAGGGAGAGGGCUUGUGUAAUCUCUGGCUGCACAUGAGCAACAGAGAGUUAUUGCUUUAGCUGAAAGAGCAGAAGACCCACAAACGAGUAAGGGACAAACUUUGGAAUAAGGAGAGGAAGAAGAAAUACCUCUGAGACAGAAACGGAGGAGAAAGGAGGGAGACACAGAAAGAGUUUGGAGUUGGGGUGCAGGAAACGGACCAUGCCGGGCUCUGUGCUGCUGCUGCUGUCCCUUUUGGUCCUGCUGUCCACAGGAAGUGAUGCCAGAAGAAUCAGGAAAAGAGGACUCAACCAUAAGGACUAUGAGUACCCCAACCAUGCCCAGUCCACACAGCACCAGAAGAAUGACCGGUGUCCACCGCCACCCCAGAUGUUGCCAGAAAGAGCCUGUGAAGUGCCAGGCUGCCGCUCAGACUCGGAGUGUGAGCGACACAAACGCUGCUGCUACAAUGGUUGCAUCUACGCUUGCCUGGAGUCUGUCCAGCCACCUCCAGUGUUGGACUGGCUGGUGCAGCCCAAGCCUCGGUGGUUGGGGGGUAAUGGCUGGUUGUUAGAUGGGCCAGAGGAGGUUCUGCAGGCUGAGGCCUGCAGCACAACUGAGGAUGGAGACGAGCCUCUUCACUGUCCCACAGGCUACGAGUGCCACAUCAUCAACCCAGGAAACCCUGCCUCUGGCAUUCCUAACCGGGGACAGUGCAUUAAGCAACGUGGCAACUCCGAUGGACGUAGUCUGAGACACAAAUACUUCAAGGACUACAAGGACUACUUAGGUAAGUGAGGUACCAGUUCUAACAAUGCUGGCUACGAAAAACAUCAUCACAAGCACCUGGGAUGAAGUAUGUCGUCAGCGACUUGAACACAAUAAAAACCAGAGACUUCUUCACAAUGAUCACCUUUUUAGACAAAGCCUUAUGUUUUUUGUCGUAUCUUUUCUCAGAUCCACUUGACCUCAGCCUCAGCUACGACCAUAACACAACCUCUGACAUCAGCCCACUAUUGUUCGAUCAGCUCUUAUGACACCUGAACAAAGAUCAGAUCCGACCUUUUUACCAGACCUACAGCGGCUACCUCCUCUUUGCAAAGCCCCGUCUUGCGGCCUCAGUCAUGAAGUCCUUUGGGAGACAAACACAGCCAAAGAAAUAAUUGAUUUUUUGUUUUUGUUUUUGUUUCUCUGUCUGUGAAAGGAUGGAGCAGAGGGUGUUGAUGGUGAAGCAGAGGUGAAGAGAACAGGGUGUGCACUAAAGCUGUUUAUCAGACGUCUCUUUCUUUACAAUCCUCUCCCUCCCUGCAACUUAUCCUUAUUCUUAUAUAUGCACAAACAUACUCUCGGACUUUGUCCACAGACAAAAUCAAGACCAUGUGGCCCUGUUAUUCAUUCUUGUCUCUCUUGUUCUCAGAAGGACCCUGCUCAGAUUUCCUGAUUUGAAAUCUGGAAAGUUUUAUAGACAAAUGGAAAAAUUACAGCUGUAGUGGUUGUAUCUUCAAAUGGAAUCCAAAUGUGGUUUAAUAUUACUCAUAACUUUAAUUAAAAAAUACAUGCCACAUGAGCGUGUGGAUUGUGUCAGUUUCAAAGGAUUUGGAGCAGCUGUAGAUUAGUUCCAGACAGCAGUGACUUCAUUGCUAUGAGCACAAUCAUCUGAGACAGAUGUAAAAGUAUAUGCCACCUGUGAAGGAGAAUCUUUAACCUUUUAAAAACACAUUUAAAUAAGCCCACAGAGGGCAAGUGUUUGAUACUGAAAAAAGAUUGAUUUAAGGUGGAUUGUCCCUUAAAUAUAAAUUCUGUAUGUACAGUAAUAUAUCUGUAAUUAAUUCCCCGAAAUCCAUUUACUAGAGUGACUUGAAGUGAAUGAAAUAAGUCAUACAACAAAUAUACCAGUGCUGUAUGACUAUUCCGACAUGUCCUCAUUUUGAAUAAUCAUACUGCCUCAUACAGUCUUUUUAUUAAACCUCGCACUAUCACAGCCCCUGUUGCAGUACAGACAUGCUAAUAAUAAUAAUAAUAAAAAGCUUUUGCACAGAGCAGAUAUUUAAAACUGGUGCCAAGAUUCUCUAAGUUACCUGGUUUCAGUCAACUGUUCAACUUGCCUCUGUCAUAAGUUCAAAUGGUGCUAAUUUUCAUUGCUGCCUAUAAUAACAGAAGAAUAAGCUGGUCAUAUAAUAAGCUGAAGGUGUAAAACAAAAGCUGGGACCAUUCUUUAUGUGCAGAACUUGUGUGAAUGUUGCUUUCUUACCGGUGCUGUAAUGUUGCCUUGUUUAUUCUAAAUAAACUGUUGAACUCUG